GAGGUUAUUUGAUACACGGAACUGGAAUGCCACGUGACAGUCGAGCCCUGUGUGUUUCAGAUAAUUAUGCGAGAUGUCGUUUAACUGUCUUUGUAUUAACAAAUUGUGGAGAUCUGCUAUACGACUAUCUUCUAACGCUGCUGUCACGUCAAAGCGAUUAGUGGCUAUUCGCUGCAAAAUAUUUGGUGAUACGCGCGGUGAGCUCUGCCAGACGAGAGCCCAUAGUAACAAUACACAGCACGUCUCAAGAAAGCUGGUGCGGAAUGAGAAGGAGAAGAAGUUAGUGAUCUUUAUAGAGGGGAAUAUUGCUAGUGGGAAGACAACAUGCCUAGAGUAUUUCAGCAAAACCAGUAACAUUGAGGUGCUGACUGAGCCAGUUUCCAAAUGGAGGAAUGUUCGAGGGCACAACCCCCUGGGGUUGAUGUACCAGGACCCUACUCGAUGGGGCAUCACUCUACAGACCUAUGUUCAGCUAACCAUGCUGGACCGACACCUCUCAACAAUGUCAGCCCCAGUGAGAAUGAUGGAAAGGUCCAUCUACAGUGCCAAGUACAUCUUUGUGGAAAAUCUUUUCAGAAGUGGGAAGAUGCCCGAGGUGGACUUUGCUGUUCUUAGUGAGUGGUUUGAGUGGAUCACACAGAACAUUGCCAUUCCUGUCGAUCUUAUCGUUUACCUCCAGUCGUCUCCACAGACCUGCCAUGAGAGGCUGAAAGAGCGAUGCAGGGAGGAGGAGAAGAUCAUUCCUUUGGAAUAUUUAGAGGCAAUCCAUCAGCUGUAUGAAGACUGGCUGAUAAAGAAGACGUCCUUCAAUGUUCCUGCUCCAGUCCUUGUAAUUCCAGUGGACGAUGACUUGCAGAAGAUGCUCCACCGGUAUGAGGAGAACAGAGAGAAGAUUUUAGCAGGGAGCAAUGUGUGACUGAAGUACUCAGUACCCCCCCGUCCCCGUCAAUCUACUCACAAUACCCCAUAAUGACAAAGCAAAAACAGCUUUUUAAAAAUGUUUUAAAAUUUAUAAAAAAUAAAACUGAAAUAUCACAUUUUACGUAAGUAUUCAGACCCUUCACUCAGUACUUUGUUGAAGCACCUUAGGCAGCGAUUACAGCCUUAAGUCUUCUUGGGUAUGACGCUACAAGCUUUGCACACCUGUAUUUGGAGAGUUCAUCCCAUUCUUCUCUGCAGAUCCUCUCAAGCUCUGUUAGGUUGGAUGGGGAGCGUUGCUGCACAGCUAUUUUCAGGUCUCUCCAGAGAUGUUGGAUCAGGUUAAAGUCCGGGCUCUGGCUGGGCCACUCAAGGACAUUCAAAGACUUGUCCCAAAGCCACUCCUGCGUUGUCUUGGCUGUUUGCUUAGGGUCGUUGUCUUGUUGGAAGGAGAACCUUCGACCCAGUCUGAGGUCCUGAGUGCUCUGGAGCAGGUUUUCAUCAAGGAUCUCUCUGUACUUUGCUUUGUUCAUUUUCCCCUCAAACCUGACUAGUCUCCCUGUUCGUGCCGCUAAAAAACAUCCCAUAGCAUAAUGCUGCCACCACCGUGCUUCACCUUAGGGAUAGUGUCAGGUUUCUUCCAGAAGUUUUUUCCAGACGCUUUGUAUUCAUGCCAAAGAGUUCAAUCUUGGUUUCAUCAGACCAGAGAAUCUUGUUUCUCAUGGUCUGAGUCUAGUUGCCUUUUGGCAAACUCCAGGCGGGCUGUCAUGUGCCUUUUACUGAUGAGUGGCUUCCGUCUGGCCACUCUACCAUAAAGGCCUGAUUGGUGGAGUGCUACAGAGAUGUCUGUCCUUCUGGAAAGUUCUCCCAUCUCCACAGAAGAACUCUAGAGCUCUGUCAGAGUGAGGAUUGGGUUCUUGGUCACCUCCCUGACCAAGACCCUUCUCCCCCGAUUGCUCAGUUUGGCUGGGCGGCCAGCUGUAGGAAGAGUCUUGGUGGUUCCAAACAUCUUCCAUUUACGAAUGAUGGAGGCCACUGUGUUCUUGGGGACCUUUCAAUGCUGCAUAAAUGUUUUGGUACCCCUCCCCAGAUCUGUGCCUCGACACAAUCCUGUCUCGGAGCUCUACGGACAAUUCCUUCGUCCUCAUGCCUUGGUUUUUGCUCUGACAUGCACUGUCAACUGUGGGACCUUAUAUAGGCAGGAGUGUGCCUUUCCAAAUCUUGUCCAAUCAAUUGAAUUUACCACAGGUGGACUCCAAUCAAGUUGUAGAAACAUCUCAAGUAGGAUCAAUGGAAACAGGAAGCACCUGAGCUCAAUUUCGAGUUUCAUAGCAAAGGGUCUGAAUACUUAUGUAAAUAAGGUAUUUGUUAUUUUGUAUGAAUUUGCAAACAUUUCUUAACCAGUUUUUUUCCGCUUUGUCAUUAUGGGGCAUUGUGUGUAGGUUGCUGAGGAUUUGUAUUGAUUUAAUCCAUUUUAGAAUAAGGCUGUAAUGUAACAAAAUGUGGAAAAGGGGUAUGAAUACUUUCUGAAGGCAAUGUAUAUAUGCUGCACCAACAAUGGCAGUAGAUAUGUUUCUUGUCUGUAAGCAGGUUAUUAUAGUCCAAGAGAGAACACCAGAAUCAGCUAGUGGAGUUUCUUGUCCACUGUUACACACUGUCUUAGAACAACUCUCUGACCGGUACAUUUUCAGACAUUUUCAGUUUUUGUUUGUUUCACUGACCAUGAUGGAUUCUCUCUAUACGGGAACAUGAUGCAUUGUUGGUUUCGUAAUGUUGAUCACGUGGUGACAGCCCUAAAAUAAUACCUACAUUUUACAACUGCUGGGACAUAGCGGUACCACCUCUGUAAUACAAAGCAUAUAUUUUAGGGGGCUGCUGACUAACAUAGCUAUGUGUUUUGUUAUUUUAUUUACUGCUAAUAUAUAGAGGAACAUGUUGUCAGGCUGGAAUUGCACUUAGUUGUAAACAGUUAUCGGGUUUAAAUAUUGUACUCUUUCGCUGAGUUAGUUUUAAUAAAUGCCUAAAAGUGAUUUUUGUACAAUAACAUGUUAAUUUAUGCUAUAUUGCUGAAUAAAGUUAGUGUAACUGUC